CGCGCGGCAGGUGAGCCGGUGCACGUGUCGCGCGCAAAUUCAAAUUUUUAUUUACCGCGCGUUCCAAACUUUUACUUUCGAAGUUGCGUCAUUGAUUACGAUUUUGUAAUCGAGUCUUUUUUAUAUCAAGUGUUCCUUUGUGCCGGUCUUGUGAAUGGAACAUAGAAAUUAGUAUUUUUUUUGUUGUCGGAAUGUAAUGUUUACAUUGUCUUCAUGGUGCUCAAGAAAAGUGUCAGUUACAUUUUAAUUGUUAAAGUGUACACGCAUUAACAAUAACAGUGAUAGUUUUCUGUCGUUUGUAUCUACCCUCAAGGAUUUGAAAAAACAACAGUUAAGCAUGUCAUCGUCAGAAGGCGGGUGCGACAACAAGGCGUUCGAGGGCACCGCCGACGACGGGUUCCAAACCAUCGACUUGAGAACUACUCGCCUGCGCGAUGACGGCACUGGACGGCGACAGUUGCCCGGACCUGCAGAAGAUUUGGACGUCCCAGAUGGAACUGUCACCGUCAAGCAGCGGACGCUGGACUGCGGUUGGGGCUUGUUCCGCCCGAAGUGGCUGCAGCGCUUCCGGACCGCCAAAUGGGCACUCUUCUGGCUGUGCUGGGCUGGUGCGAUACAAGGGAUGGUGGUGAACGGAUUCGUUAAUGUCGUGAUCACCACCAUAGAGAAGAGGUUCGGAUUGAGAUCCAUGCAGACUGGCGUCAUCGCUGGAGGCUACGACAUGGCAUCAUUCGCGUGCCUCGCGCCGGUAACGUACCUAGGCGGGCGCAGUAGUGCGUCCAAACCCCGGUGGCUGGGCUGGGGUGUGGUGCUGAUGGGUGCAGGUUCCCUGCUGUUCGCGCUGCCACACUUCCUCGUCGCACCUUACAGGAUAGUAGGGGAGGAAUCGGACGACCUCUGCGCUAACCAAACCGUGUCGAGCCAGCGCUGUCAGGGCGACGUACCUUCAGAGGGCGGCGCAUGGGCGGUGGUGAUUUUCGUGGCCGCCCAGCUACUGCACGGCGCCGGAGCGACGCCCCUCUUCACGCUUGGCGUAACCUACAUCGACGAGAACGUGUCAAAGAAAAUGUCUUCCGUUUAUCUGGGUGUGUAUUACACCAUGGCUGUCGUGGGACCUGCUCUGGGUUACGUGCUGGGGGGGCAGAUGCUGAAAAUAUACACGGACUUCGUUACAGUAGAUUCCAAUGCGUUAGGUAUCACACCCGAGAGCUCCGUGUGGAUUGGUGCUUGGUGGGUGGGCUUCAUACUGUCAGCAUUGCUAUGCCUCAUAGUGGCGGUGCCGUUACUCGCAUUCCCAUACGAGUUACCAGGGGCCGAAGAAAUACGCGCCACGAAAGUGUCCGAAGCUCAUGAGGGUGCUGCGUCAAAGUCAGCGGCUUUCAGCGCUCUCCACGAACUGCCCAGGGCGGCUGCUGCGUUACUCAAGAACCCAACAUUCUUGUUCCUCAACCUAGCAGGUGCUAGUGAAGGAAUGCUCAUAUCUGGUUUUGCUGCGUUCCUUCCGAAGCUCAUGGAAAAUCAGUUCUCAGUUAGCGCGUCUCAAGCAGCUUUGCUCUUAGGCGUGAUCACGGUCCCGGCGGGCGGCGGGGGCACAUUCAUCGGCGGGUGGCUCGUGAAGCGGUGGCAGCUCACGUGCGCGGGCAUCAUCAAGCUGUGCAUCGCCGCCACCGUGCUGGCUGGAAUAUUCACAUUCAACUUCAUCCUCACCUGUGACGACUAUCCCUUCGCUGGCGUCACCGUUAAAUACAACUCGCCUGCGGUGCCGGGAGCGGAUCGGUUGACGGCUGCCUGUAACGCGGGUUGUGGGUGCGAGCAGGCUCGGUUCGCUCCGGUAUGCGCAGCAGAUGGAGUGGUGUACUAUUCGGCGUGCCACGCCGGGUGCGCCGCCUGGUCCCACGCCGGCGGCGCCAGGCUCUACCAGCAAUGCGCCUGCGUCGCCCCGCCGCAAGGGGCCGCGCUGCCAGCUUACGACGACGGAGUGCGGAAUACUUCUAUUCCUUAUGAAGCCAUAAACAACAUCUGCAGCUCCGAGUGCCCGUACCUCUGGCUGUUUGUCUUCCUCGCCUUCUGCGUUAUGCUAUUCACCUUCUUAGCCACAAUGCCUGCACUGUCAGCUACAUUAAGGUGUGUCCGCGAAGAUCAGCGUUCGUUCGCAUUGGGCAUCCAGUGGAUCAAGGUGCGUCUGUUGGGCACGAUUCCCGCACCGCUACUGUUCGGAUUCCUCAUAGACUUGUCCUGUUCGCUGUGGGACAAGUCUUGCGGGACCACUGGCGCUUGCUUGCUCUACGAUAACGUCAACAUGAGCAGGUACAUGCUGGCUUUAGCACUUGUAGGCAAGUUCUGUUCUGUCCUCUUCUUCUUCCUUGCGUGGUGGUUCUACCGGCCACCAGGAGGCAGGAGCGGCAACGCAGUGGUGCCAUCUAUCGACCUGGUCGUCUGCAACGAGAAGCCCAACGGGAACCUGGCCAAUGGGAACACGAUACCCAACGGGAACACGGGGCAUGUGGGAAACGGCUAUUGUAACGCGGCGCUAGAGUGCAGCGAUCAUUUGUAAGGAACUGAGAAAUUGAUUCCUUAUCCUAUUGUAAUUUUAGGCACGAAACUUCUCGAUUUAAUUCUAAAGAUAAUUUUACUAGAUACAAUACACUCGGUCAUCAGACAGGAUUCGAACCUGCACCAUCCGCUAUCUGGUCAAAAAACUAAAUCUUUACAUUUAUAUAAUUGAUUCCUUAUUAUUUAACAUGGAAAAUUCUUUGAAUCGGAUUUUACGAUAGAGAUAUUUAGAUGCCACUUUUUUUUAAAUCCUAAUUAAGUCAUAGUAUAUAUUAAAAUUAUUAUAAUUUUUCAACUUUGAAAUUGUUAUUGUUUGAUUAAUUAUUUAUUUAUAGAUGGUUAAUUUAAAAUUUACGAAGUAUGGUCGGGGUCAUAUAUAUGUAGACGGAUACAUUUGACAUCAACGGCGCCUUUAUUACGUUGCAAUAAAAGCGAUAAUGUUAAUGCACGUAUUUGUAUACGUUAUUUUCGCAUUGACUUCACACCUGUAAUAUAUAUAUAUAUAUAUAUAUAUAUAUAUAUAUAUAUAUAUAUAUAUAUAUAUAUAUAUAUAUUUAUUAAAUGCAAAUGGUUUCUAUUUAUGAUCUUAAUAGCGCUUAAUUAUUUUUUUAUUUGAUGCGAUUAAUGUUGCCAUUUUUAUGUAGGUCUCUACUAUUAGUUUCACCUUUUAUCACCUAAAUACACUUAACAAAAAACUAUUUAUUUUUUUACAAUUAAGAAUACCUACGUUUGCGACCAAAUAACAUUUCCAUUAGAGUCUGUGCGGAAAGAGAAAUGGCAUGGCGAAAAACGGAACUAACAUAAGGAUUUUUAUUUGGCAAUCAAACCCAACAAUCUGUAAAACGUCAAAGUUUUGUAUUGAUACGGAUUUGUUUGUUGUUGUGUUUUCUACGGUUUUUAAUUUUUUUGUAAUUUUGUAUUUAAUCAUAUCUAAAACGGGUAAAACUUUACAAAUACGGUAGAAAAGCACUACAGCGCCCUCCAAUCCAAAUCCCAUUCUCUUUCCGCACAGACUCUUGUAAACAAUUUUAAGUAGAUUUUAUUAUGCUUGUCUACAGCUGCUUGUAUGUUUGUUAACAGUUAUAGUUUCACAGCAUUAUUAUUAUUCAUUAUUACUAAGACUAGAGAUAAUACUUAAAUUUUUAAACGGUAACCUAAUUGCUCAAAAAUUUUUAAAUAUACCUACAGGCGCUCUUGUUUAUUAACUUGCAUUUGAAAGACACAGAAAUACUUUGUCUAGUGCAAGAUACGGUUCUUGUAUAAAGGCCUGUUCAACUUCCAUUCAAUAUUGUUGCUACCUAAUUGUACAUUCAUAAUUAUGUACAGUCGUUUGAUAGAAUGAUAUUCAUAUUAUCUUUAAUUAAAUGUGAAAUAAUUUCAAUUGAACAUUCCAAAUAUUUUCUGUUGUAAUGUUAUCUGUGAUGUUGUAGUUUGUAAAAUAUAAUUUAAGGUUACCCUAGUUCGUCCCUGUGCGAACUAAUGUAAGAUUGUAUAAAGUUAAGCAUUAAGUUGCUGCGAAAAUAAUAGAUACCGAUUUAGUAUUUAUUAAUUUCUUUACCAGCAAUUUUGCAUAAAUUUCUCGGUAAUUUAUAUUUUUUUAUUAUGACCAAUAUUGAUGCCGCGUAACAACAGCUAUACUUGAGAUUUAGGUUUUUUUUUUAAUAUUGGAGAGGUUGAGUAUUAUAAUAAUAGGUACUUAAAACUAGAUACCAAUUAACUGACGCACAUUACAAGCGUUGCUCUUCUACAUUCACUAUUCAUUCCAAGAGAGUUUAACAAUUUUUCCAAAAUUUCUCUGCAGUUUACAAACUGCUUUAAAUGGGAAUAAACUUAUUAUUGUAACAAGUACCUAUUAAAUACAAUUAUUAUAUUACUAGCGGCCGCCCGCGACUUCGUCCGCGUUAACUUUUAGUUAUUUUUUUUUUCUAACAUAAAAGUAGCCUAAGUUACUCCUUAUUACAUCAGCUACCUGCCAAUAAAAGUCCCGUCAGAAUCGGUCCAGCCAUUUCAAAGAUUAGCCGGAACAAACAGACAGGCAGACAAAAAUUGUAAAAAAUGAUAUUUUGGUGUAUGUACCGUAUAUGUAUUCAUAUGAAUGCGGUUAUUUCAAUAUUACAAACAGACACUCCAAUUUUAUUUAUAUGUAUAGAUAUGUAAAUUCGCAGCAACUUUAUGUCGUGUUCAUAAUAAAUGUAUGUAAUAGUUGUCAAAUAGAGUACAAUCAUAAAGGCACAAUUUUAAUAAAUAAGUGUACCUACCUAUGGAGUUUUUUGAUCUUUUGACUUUUGCAUCACGUUAGAUUAGAGGUACGGUGUGUACAGUUUUUUAAUUAUUUGUUGAAUAUUUCAAUAUACUUUAGAUAUGUAGAAGUUAAAGGUGUAUUUUGGUUGAAGACUGAUUGUUUAUUACUAAUUUAGCGUAAUAAAAAUAUUCUGUGGUUAUUUGAUAGUAAGAAAUAUGGGGCAUUAAAAAUAUAGUUAUCAAUUAUACUAUUCAAGUAAAAGAAGGUACUCUGGAGGGUUAUCUAUCCUCCAGAGUAUAUCCAUCCUUUUAUAAGGUGACUGAGUUUACCAAAUUUCCAGAAAGAACCAUGCUAGACAUAGGUUUACAUGUAUGAUUUCCUUAGAUGCCAUCGCUUUAAAACAUUAAUGUGCCCUGUAUUUCUAUUCGAGGUUGUAAAUUAUUUUUGUUUGCCUCAAUAUAUUAGCAAUCUGAGAAUAUCUGGAAAAGAGUUAACCUUAGGCCGCGGCCGCACUACUAAUGCGACAGCGACGAUACGAUGAUUUAGUGAAAACAAACUUAAGUGUGUAUUCCACCUGAAAAAAAUUCAGGCGUCCUAGUUAGGAUCCUAAAAAGAAAGCUAAUUAGAAGCUUCUGAUUACACUUGACUAAUUUAGUUACUGAUUCAGUCAGAUGCAAGCGCGCGGCCAAUUCAGACGGACUUUUUCGUAAUGACUCCAGUCCUGUCAAAGCAACAAAAAAUUGGUCUUUUCGUAGGCCUGGCCAUUGGUUGAAUAAAAAUAAAAGAAAGUAAAAAACGAAAAACGUGGGUGGAAGAAUAUUAUUAAUGUUAUUUUUAUCGUUUUUGUUCCAAAGAUACGGCAUAUCUUUGUAAAAGUCGCUUAUCUAACUUCUUUUUUUUUUGCCGCCGACAUCCCGCACUCGCGUAAUUCGUAAUUAUAGACACAAUAACGUCCUCACGCAGUGAUGCCUGCGGUGCCCUAAACCCUAUCAUACGUUCCUAAAUCGCUUUCUAAUUAGGAUACUAAAUUAUUUAGGCCCGUUUUACAGAAUGACAACUAAGUGUUGCUCUUUACUUGAGUACAGUUAGAAAGUGAUGUCGCUUGGUAUAGCACAUCCCUUUCUAACUGUACUCAAGUUGUCAUUCUGUAAUACGGGCGUAAGUCAGUCAGAAGCCACACUUCUUCCGAUUUAGGAUGCUAAUUAGGACCCUAGCUUCCUAAAUGCUAUUUCACUUGACUGAAUUAGUUACUGAAUGAUUUAGAACGUCUGAAUUUAGUCAGGUGGAAUACGCGCUUUACUUACACAUAUAAACACAAGUCGGUGGCCGAAGACUUAUGCUUGUAUACUGUCGCGUCGCAGUCGCUUUAGUAGUGUGGCCGCGGCCUUAGUUGAGCUCUACAUACAGUUGAAAUUCGUAUUCGCGCCUUUAUUCCAUCAAGUCCAGAAGGCCUAUUCGCCAACUGCUUUUGACAGGUGGAAAUCAUAAGCACCGAGCAAUUUAGUGAUCACCUGCUGUUUUAUUAUAACGCCACUAAGAUACUUGUUCUGAAAAGCAUCGAUGGAUAUGCAAUUUUCCCCUUAGUUACACACUGUAAAUGUCAAAAAAGUUAGCUUAUAGACCGGUAGUCCCCGUAGCCUAAGCACCACAAUUUACAUUUUAACACGUUUUUAUCUCAUCUAACUGUCGAAACUCCAUAGUAAUUUGACAAUUGAGCGUGAUAAAAACGCGAUAAAUACCAUAUCGCGGUGCUCUGUCUCUUUUUACCCGAAUAUGCACGCAAGCAGCGCGAAGUGCGACGCGCAGACAGGGACUAGUGUUUUAAUCUUUCAUUGCGUGUCUGUACCGAAUAGAUCAACUACGAAGUUUGACAAAUCAAUCGAAUACUUUGAAACAAGUCGUCCAAGCGCAGUUUCAUCAUCAAACUACACUGGUAGGACUUCAUGGAAUAAAGGCAUUGGCAUGAGACAGAAAAUACAGAAAAAGGAUUAUGAAUACAUACCCAGUUCCUCAAACAAAGAUUGAGGCUAUUUAGUCAAUAUUCAUGUUAUGGGUGUCUGUCUGGCUUACGAAUUAUGCUUCUGUGUGCAAACGGACGAUUUAUUUUUCAAAUCACCGAGUAUACGCACCUUAAUUUUUUAUGCUUGCUAGUUUAUUGGAGUUAUUGUUCGCCACGACACCAACUAGAUGGCGUUUUUCUAAAUUAAAUUAAUAUGCUACCUAAAAAUUCAAAUUGAUUAUUAAUCUUCCUGAUAACGUUAUUUGUUUAAUGAUUUCUUUUCAUAUAAUUACUUCCACUAUAAAAAUAUUGAAUAAUGUCGAAACAUUACACUUACCAGCCAGACACCAUAAACUACGAUAAAAAUAUAAUUUACACUGUAGUUGUAUUGAAUCAUUAUAGCAUUAAGAAAAUUAAAUAGAUUACUAUGAUGAUCACAAGAAUAUUAUAAUUUAUUAAUACCCAAAUGUAUUAGAAAUUUUCAUCAUUAAUAAUAGGGUAAUACAUAAUCACAAUUUAUGAAGACUAAUGAAAUUACUUUACCAGUGUUUGAUAAAAAUUUAAAUAGCCAAUUGAAGUGAUCAAUUUUGUAAUACUUGUACAAUUUUACACAGAUUGAUUAUUAUAAUAAAAAUAUUGUAAAAGUGUGGAUGUUGUUUUUUUUUACAUUAUUAAACAUAAAUUGUCAAAUAGCCCUACUGAGCUGUGCUGACAAGGCGAAGUAAGUAAAUGAAGUGAUUAAAUCUAUUGGUUCUAUAAUCAUUACUGGCUAAGCAUUCUCUCUGGUGGAAAAGCAGCCAUAGCCAGGCAUAUAAACAUCUCAGUGUCAGUCGGAUUUGUAGAUAGGAUGCAUACAACAAUAAAAGUCCAUAUUAAAAAAUAUUCAGCAAUAUAAUAUUAUGUACAUUCAGAAUUCAAAUUGUUAUAAAUUAACAAAAUGCAACAACAUUUUUUUACAUUAGACGCAAAACUUAUAAUACUUAUAACAUUAUUUUUGUAACAUUAAGAUGAUAUUUCGACCUCGAUUGCAGGUUGCAGUACAGUCUGCAAAUAGCCCGGCUGCAGACGCAUGACUGGCUUACAUGCAUUGUAUGCUGCCUGCAGCCGACAUCGGAAUAACACCUUUACUUUAGGGCGCGUAGACAUGGCAAUCCUUUUUACAGGACCGUUAUUUGAAGUAUUCAAGAUCCGGGAAAACAUACCAAUCCAUCAAUAUAUGCAGCACUCCGUUUUACUGGUCCGUUUAAACGUAUACAUUAUUAGCGUAUGUAGUUGUAUGAGCUAGUUCACACACAUGACAGUAUUCCAGAUUCAGUACAAAAUCCCAGACAUAACGGAAAUACAGUACCCCUAGCACGAACCAUUAUCGAAUUCAAAUAGUAUGCAAAUCGAAAUGUCAAUGUCAAAUUUUGUAUGGAAACUUAAACAGCAGCGGCACAAAGUACGUAUCGAGAACUAAAAAUCAGUACACGUUUCAAUGACAUUUCGGACUCGCAAACGAUACGAAAUCGAUAUUGGUUCGUGCUAGGGGUACUGAUCAGUUUUAUAGCGUCGAAACCACAAAAUAGCGAGUCGAAAUCGCUCGAGGCUAAUCACAGGGCCGGGCUUUGGUGCGUGCAAUGUGAAUAUUACAUUCAGUAUCCGUUAAUUUUUUUAUUGCAAAUGCUGUGUGAACCGGAUGCUGUAAAACGGACGUUCUAUGUGUACACGCCCUUAGGGUUAGGACUUACAUACAGCAGUUAUUUUCAUAUAAUUUACAGUAUACAGGGUUAGCAAAGCAACAAAGAUAAGGAUGCAUGCACCAUGUGAUGGUUGAAUAAUUUAAGUAAGUUUUCUUAUUGAUUAAACCAAGUUAUCAUCCAGAAUAAAUUGUGACAGAUCGCCAGGCUUGUUUGUUCGAACUGAUAGGCUUCAACUCAUGUGUUUAUCUUUCACUCCCAAUUUUGAAACUGAUUUGUUUAAUAUAAAAAAUGAAUCUUUUUUAAACUUUUGCACCUAGUAAAGAGUAAUUUUUUACUGCUCCGAGGUAUUGUUAUACAAGUUUCUUAAAUACAUAAUUACGUUAUGAUACUGUAAUUACCUAAAAAUUGUCACUGAUGAACAAUACAAACAAAAAAGUGUGACAAGUAACUUGACUUAUGGUUGUAUCUGUAUGGUAGGUGACAUACAAAUUGUUAAAUUAAAAUGACAAUUAUAAUUUUUAUUAUUUUUAAAGCAUGUAACUGCUUGAUGUUUAAAUCUAAAGAAAAUAUAACUAGAAAAAAAAUUCCACGCGGACCAGGCAGCAGACGGGACUCGAACCCGCACCCUUCGCAAUCCGGGCGAAUGCACUGACCAAUUAUGCUACCGCAACAAAAUAACAAUUUCAGAAAUUCUAAAAAUCCUCGAAAGUUACUCAAUUUAUUAAAUGAAAUAUUUUUAUAUUCAUAAAUGCUUUGCCGGCAAACUAAAAACCAAGUAAGUAACCAAAAAGAGUGACCUACAGACUUCAUUUUCCUGACUCAAAUUAUAAUUAAACCUAUUUUUACUUAGAAGAACUUCACACCCUGAUUGUCAUCAAACUCCAUCAAUUCACACUUGCCUUUAAUCUCUAAUGCCUUUAGAGCCUUCAAUAGCACAUUCAUAUCCAAGCCAUGAAAUUCUGAAAAGAGAAAGUAAUAUUUUACAAUAAGAGUACAAGAUCAAUCUAAACUAUAGAAAUUAAAUAAACAAAUAUAACUUGAUAAUAGUUGCAGCCUAAGAAAGGCUAGAGAAAUUUUUACAUGGCCAUCAGGGCCGCUGUAGCAUAAUGAUCAGUGCAUUUGCCCAGACAGCGAAGUGUGCGGGUUCGAGUCCUGUCUGCUACCUAGUCCAUGUGGAAUUUUAUCUAGUAAAAAUUUCUACAGAUUUAAACAGUUCAAAGCUUAAAAAAAAAAAGAACUUUGAUAACAGUUAUUUUUUUUCAUUAUAUUUUUAAAACAAGCAUUAAUAUUAAAAAACAUCUCAUGAGAUUACCCUCUUAGGUACCAACUCUUCCCUUAUGUAGGCAGUGUUGUGACACUGAAGAAAGUUAAAGCAUAAUAUACUAAAAUUCUUAAUAAAUAUCUGAGAUACUAACCUUCAUCAACUGUGUUUUCACCUUCCCGAAGUUCAAAUAGGGUACAAACUGAAUUAUUUAGGCCAUUACUGCAAGCCCAAUUGUAGACCAUAUUGCCCCAUUCAUCCAAGGAAUGCCAGUACACCUCCCAUACAUUUUUACUUUUAUCAGUAGGAGCAGCCCUGCCAGUACGUGCCAUAUCUUCUAAGAUUGUUAGAACAGCUUCUUGUGACAACUUCCUAUUUAUUGCAGUGUUAUUGAACAGUGGAUUAUUUUGCGUUUCUCUUACGUCUACUGUAGAUUGUCUGGUGGCUUUAAGGUAUUCAACUAUGAGUUGCUGCCAUGCUUCUAAUUGCUUCGCUCUUGUCUCUGCGUGAGGUUGUAU